GCGGACAAACUGCUGGGAAGCUGCAAGAUGGCGGCUGCUUGCUGAAGGUGCCGCCGAUUCUUCGCUGUUAUUGGUUAUACGUAUAUUGUUAAUUACUGAAUUCAAGAGCGAAAGGAGCUUCCUUAUUUCCUUUAUAUUUUUAUAUUUUAUUUUAAAGACAGUAGCAGUGUAGCAUUUGGCCAUCAGGCAUUAUUUUUUAUUUCAGCCAAUAACAUACAGGACGUAAUUAGCCGCCGCCUCCUGAUCGGGGAUUGAUGCCCCUACACUGAGUGCCAUGACGUCCAUACACUUCGUGGUGCACCCGCUUCCUGGCACAGAGGAUCAACUGAAUGACCGGUUAAGAGAAGUUUCAGAAAAAUUGAACAAAUACAAUUUAAGCAGGGGACUACGAAUACAAAUAGCACCCUCCUUCCAUAUUUCAGAUGAAAACUUUGUAUUAAGAUGGCAGGAAAUACUUACGCAGUGCUCUUUGGAUCUAAUGAAGCUCACCUUAGAGAAUGAGAGAAAACAAUAUGAACAACUAACAAAGUUAAUAGAUGAGGCUAAAGUCAAAACAUAUAAAUUCACCACUCACAAAGACUUUGAAGCAUUAGACAUUAAACUGAAGUUUCAUAUUGACAAAUUAAAAGAAGAACUAAGUGAAGCCAAAAACAGAAAAUUACAAAGAGAGUGGCCUGAUCACCAAAAGGGUAACAUAUACAAAGCACAAGUGGUCCUUCAAGGAAAAUCUCGCAGUGUAAUUAUUAGAGAGCUGCAGAGAACAAAUCUUGAUGUAAAUCUUGCAGUUAACAACCUCUUAAGUCGUGAUGAUGAAGAUGGGGAUGAUGGUGAUGACACUGCCAGUGAGUCGUAUCUACCUGGAGAGGAUCUUAUGUCACUGCUGGAUGCUGACAUUCAUUCUGCUCACCCAAGUGUCAUAAUUGAUGCUGAUGCUAUGUUUUCAGAAGAUAUUAACUACUUUGGUUAUCCUUCCUUCCGACGCUCUUCACUUUCCAGGAUAGGCUCAUCUAGAGUUCUCCUUCUUCCCUUAGAGAGAGACUCUGAGCUGUUGCGUGAACGUGAGUCAGUUUUACGUUUGCGUGAGCGGAGGUGGCUUGAUGGAGCCUCAUUCGAUAAUGAAAGAGGCUCCACAAGUAAAGAAGGGGAGCCUGUUUUGGAUAAGAAGAACACCCCUAUACAAAGCCCGGUUUCACUGGGAGAAGACUUGCAGUGGUGGCCAGAGAAGGAUGGAACAAAGUUCAUAUCCAUCGGGGCACUAUACUCUGAACUGGUUGCAGUGAACAGCAAAGGAGAACUUUACCAGUGGAAAUGGGUUGAAUCUGAACCAUACAGAAAUCCACAGAAUCCAUCAUUACAUCAUCCAAGAUCGACAUUUUUGGGUUUGGUCAAUGAAAAAAUUGUGCUUCUCUCUGCAAAUAGUAUCAGAGCGACAGUAGCUACAGAAAGUAACAAGGUUGCAACAUGGGUUGAUGAAACUUUGAGUUCUGUAGCUUCCAAAUUGGAACAUACUGCCCAAGUCUAUCCUGAACUUCAAGGAGAGAAGAUUGUGUCUUUACAUUGUUGUGCGCUCUAUACAUGUGCCCAGCUUGAGAAUAAUCUUUACUGGUGGGGUGUUGUUCCAUUCAGUCAGAGGAAAAAAAUGCUUGAAAAAGCUAGAGCAAAAAAUAAAAAACCUAAGUCAAAUGCUGGCAUUUCCUCCUUACCAAAUAUCACAGUUGGCACUCAGGUAUGCUUAAGAAAUAAUCCUCUUUAUCAUGCUGGAGCAGUGGCUUUCUCUAUAAGUGCUGGAAUACCUAAAGUUGGGGUUUUAAUGGAAUCUGUUUGGAAUAUGAAUGAUAGCUGCCGGUUCCAGCUUCGUUCUCCAGAGAGCCUAAAAAACCUGGAGAAGUCUUGCAAAACUACAGAGACAAAGCCUGAAAGUAAACAAGAACCUGUAAAAACAGAAAUGGGUCCACCACCCUCUCCAGCCUCCACCUGUAGUGAUGCCUCGUCUAUUGCUAGCAGUGCUUCAAUGCCUUACAAACGUAGACGGUCCACUCCAGCUCCUAAAGAAGAAGAAAAAGUAAAUGAAGAGCAGUGGUCUUUAAGAGAAGUUGUGUUUGUGGAAGAUGUUAAAAAUGUUCCAGUUGGCAAGGUGCUUAAAGUUGAUGGUGCCUAUGUUGCUGUAAAGUUUCCUGGCACAUCCAAUAAUGCCAACAACCAAUGUACUCCUGGCUGUGAUCCUGACCCAUCAUCACUCCUCCAGGACUGUAGGUUGCUUAGGAUUGAUGAACUUCAGGUGGUGAAGACUGGUGGAACACCUAAAGUCCCAGACUGCUUCCAGAGGACUCCUAAAAAGCUGUGCAUUCCUGAAAAAACUGAAAUCUUGGCUGUGAAUGUAGAUUCCAAAGGUGUUCAUACCGUCCUAAAGACCGGAACAUGGGUCCGCUACUGCAUUUUUGAUCUUGCCACUGGAAAAGCUGAACAAGAAAACAAUUUCCCAACCAGCAGCAUUGCUUUCCUUGGUCAGAAUGAACGAAAUGUUGCAAUUUUUACAGCUGGACAGGAAUCUCCAAUUAUCCUUAGAGAUGGAAAUGGUACCAUUUAUCCCAUGGCUAAAGAUUGUAUGGGUGGAAUAAGAGAUCCAGAUUGGUUGGAUCUUCCUCCAAUAAGUAGUUUGGGAAUGGGAGUUCAUUCACUAACUAAUCUUCCUGCAAAUUCAACAAUCAAGAAAAAAGCUGCCAUCAUCAUCAUGGCUGUUGAGAAGCAAACUUUGAUGCAGCAGAUUCUCCGAUGUGACUAUGAGGCCUGCAGGCAGUAUCUGAUAAACAUAGAACAAGGUGUUGUUUUGGAUCAGAACACUCAGUUGUUACAAACCUUUCUCAGCCACCGAUGUGAUGGCAACCGCAAUAUUCUGCAUGCCUGUGUGUCAGUUUGCUUUCCAACUAGCAACAAAGAAACAAAAGAGGAGGAGGGUUUCCUAGGUGUGCCGUCCUGCUCAGAUGUGUCUUCCUGCUCAGAUCCGUCUUCCUCAUGCACUCUGUGUAUUGCUUAUCCUAAACCAGGUUUUACUGCGCUUCAGAGUGUGCAUGAAUUUUUACCCUAUCAAGUUGCUCCCAGGAAAGUUCAUCUGAACUUUUCUUCAAAAGUUAAAGGGACAGAUUAUAUUCACUCUAUUAGUGAGGUUUUAGCUUGCUUGCCACCAGUUGUUAAGCUCGGAUGUUUGCAAGGAUUUAAAGUUGUUUGCAAAGGGCCGUGGGAACUUACAAUCAUACUUGUAUUGCAAUCUUAUCUAUUUUUAUCAUUUUCUUCAAGGGAUGCCAGAGGUAUGACACCAUUCAUGUCUUCUGUUAGCGGAAGAGCCUAUCCAGCUGCCAUCACUAUUUUAGAAACAGCUCAGAAAAUUGCAAAAGCUGAAGCAAUUUCCAGCGAGAAAGAGGAUGAUGUGUUUAAAGGAAUGGUUUGUCCUCCUAGUACCAACGCAGAUGACUCCCCACUUUAUGUUUUAUGCUGCAACGAUACCUGCAGUUUUACAUGGACAGGAGCUGAACAUAUCAACCAGGACAUAUUUGAAUGUAGGACCUGUGGUCUUUUGGAAUCUCUCUGCUGCUGUACAGAGUGUGCCAGGGUCUGCCACAAAGGCCAUGACUGCAAGUUAAAGCGGACAUCACCUACUGCAUACUGUGACUGCUGGGAGAAAUGCAAAUGCAAAACAUUAAUUGCAGGUCAAAAGUCUGCUCGUCUAGAUCUACUGUAUCGUCUGUUGACCAUAACAAAUCUGGUUACAAUGCCAAACAGCAGAGGGGAACACCUGCUUCUCUUCCUAGUACAAACGGUAGCUAGACAAACAGUGGAACACUGCCAGUAUAGACCACCUAGAAUUCGAGAAGAUCGUAAUCGUAAAACUGCCAAUCCAGAAGAGUCUGAUAUGCCGGAUCAUGAUUUAGAGCCUCCAAGGUUUGCCCAGCUUGCCUUAGAACGAGUUUUACAAGACUGGAAUGCUCUUAAGUCUAUGAUCAUGUUUGGCUCGCAGGAAAAUAAAGACCCGGAAAUUAUUCGGCUACUGAACAGGAGUCUGUUCCUUUUGACAAAUGUUUAUUAUGCUUUGAGUUCCAAAUUGUUUUACCUAUGUGAGCUUCUGGACACACUUCUUGGAACACUUGUAAAAGAACUGCAGAACAAAUACACUCCUGGCCGUAGAGAAGAAGCUGUUGCUGUAACAAUGCGAUUUCUACGUUCUGUUGCACGUGUGUUUGUCAUCCUUAGUGUUGAAAUGGCUUCUUCGAAGAAGAAAAACAAUUUCAUUCCACAACCAAUUGGCAAGUGUAAGAGGGUUUUCCAGGCUUUGCUUCCAUAUGCAGUUGAGGAGUUGUGCAAUGUUGCUGAAUCACUUAUUGUUCCUGUAAGAAUGGGUAUUGCACGGCCAACUGCACCGUUCACACUCGCUAGUACAAGUAUAGAUGCAAUGCAGGGCAGUGAAGAGCUGUUCUCUGUGGAGCCUCUUCCACCAAGACCAUCUUCUGAUCAGUCAAACAGUUCCAAUCCGUCUCAGUCAUCCUAUGUAAUUCGAAAUCCUCAACAAAGGCGGAUAAGUCAGUCGCAACCGGUUCGUGGCAGAGAUGAAGAGCAGGAUGACAUUGUGUCAGCUGAUGUAGAAGAGGUUGAAGUAGUGGAAGGAGUGGCUGGUGAAGAGGACCACCAUGAUGAGCAGGAAGAGCAUGGGGAGGAGAAUGCAGAAGCUGAAGGACAGCAUGAUGAGCAUGAUGAGGAUGGUAGUGACAUGGAAUUGGAUCUUCUGGCUGCAGCUGAGACUGAAAGUGAUAGCGAGAGUAAUCACAGCAACCAGGAUAAUGCAAGUGGUCGGAGAAGCGUAGUCACUGCAGCUACUGCUGGGUCAGAAGCAGGUGCAAGCAGCGUUCCAGCCUUUUUCUCGGAGGAUGAUUCACAGUCCAAUGAUUCUAGUGACUCUGACAGUAGCAGUAGUCAGAGUGAUGACAUGGAGCAGGAGACUUUCAUGAUUGAUGAGCCAUUGGAGAGGUCAACAAACAGUGCCCAUGCUAAUGGCGCAGCCCAAGCUCCACGCUCAAUGCAGUGGGCUGUGCGUAACACUCAAAGCCAAAGAGCCAACACUACCACUCCAUCUAGCACUUCUACACCUGCAGCAAGCUCAGCUGGCCUGAUCUAUAUUGACCCGUCCAAUUUGCGUCGGAGUGGCACCAUCAGCACGAGUGCCGCUGCUGCAGCAGCCGCCCUUGAAGCAAGCAACUCUAGCAGCUACCUGACAUCUGCAAGCAGUCUUGCAAGAGCAUACAGUAUUGUUAUACGACAGAUAUCUGAUUUAAUGGGAUUGAUCCCGAAGUAUAAUCAUUUGGUGUAUUCUCAGAUCCCAGCUGCUGUGAAGCUAACAUAUCAAGAUGCUGUUAACCUGCAGAAUUUUGUGGAAGAGAAGCUUAUACCAACCUGGAACUGGAUGGUAAGCAUUAUGGACUCUACUGAAGCCCAGUUACGUUACGGAUCUGCAUUAUCAUCAGCUGGAGAUCCAGGUCACCCAAAUCAUCCACUUCAUGCAUCCCAGAACUCUACGCGUAGAGAGAGGAUGACCGCUCGUGAGGAGGCCAGUCUGCGGACUUUAGAGGGUCGAAGAAGAGCCACUUUGCUCAGUGCUCGCCAGGGAAUGUCUGCACGUGGAGAUUUUUUAAAUUAUGCCCUCUCUCUAAUGCGCUCUCACAAUGACGAACACUCAGAUGUGCUCCCAGUGCUGGAUGUUUGCUCCCUGAAACACGUGGCAUAUGUUUUCCAGGCGCUUAUCUACUGGAUUAAAGCAAUGAAUCAACAGACCACAUUGGAUACACCUCAGCUAGAAAGGAAGAGGACCAGAGAACUAUUGGAACUUGGUCUUGACAAUGAAGAUUCAGAACAUGAAAAUGACGACGACACAAAUCAGAGCUCCACUUUAAAUGAUAAAGAUGAAGAUACAAUGCCUUCUGAGACAGGCCAGAAUCAUCCGUUCUUCCGUCGCUCUGAUUCAAUGACAUUUUUGGGUUGUAUUCCUCCAAAUCCAUUUGAGGUUCCCCUAGCAGAAGCCAUUCCAUUAGCAGAUCAGCCACAUCUUUUGCAGCCUAAUGCACGAAAGGAAGAUUUGUUUGGCAGACCAAGUCAGGGUCUUUAUUCAUCUUCUGCUAACACUGGGAAAUGUUUAAUAGACGUAACAGACAGAAAUUGUCUUGAGGUGUUACCCACAAAAAUGUCUUAUGCUGCUAACUUAAAAAAUGUGAUGAGCAUCCAAAAAUGUCAGAAGGAAGCUGAAGAACAAAAUGUGCCUUCAGAAGAAACUGAUAACUCGAAACCAGGACCUUCAGCACAUGACCUUGCAGCACAGUUGAAGAGCAGUUUAUUGGCAGAAAUAGGGCUAACUGAGAGUGAAGGGCCUCCACUCACAUCAUUUAGGCCUCAAUGCAGUUUCAUGGGCAUGGUAAUUUCCCAUGACAUGCUUUUAGGUCGGUGGCGUUUGUCUCUUGAGUUGUUUGGCCGAGUGUUUAUGGAGGAUGUUGGGGCUGAGCCAGGAUCGAUCUUGACAGAAUUGGGCGGUUUUGAAGUGAAGGAGUCAAAAUUCCGUAGAGAGAUGGAGAAACUUAGAAAUCAGCAGUCAAGAGAUCUGACUUUAGAGGUUGAUAGAGAUAGAGACCUUCUUAUUCAGCAGACAAUGAGGCAAUUAAAUAAUCAUUUUGGUCGAAGAUGUGCUACAACUCCCAUGGCUGUGCACAGAGUAAAAGUCACUUUCAAAGAUGAACCAGGAGAAGGCAGUGGAGUCGCUAGAAGUUUUUACACUGCUGUUGCACAAGCGUUUUUGUCAAAUGAAAAGCUGCCAAGCCUAGACUGUAUCCAGAAUGCCAACAAGGGAACACAUACAAGUCUUAUGCAAAGAUUAAGAAAUAGAGGAGAGCGAGAUCGUGAAAGGGAACGGGACAUGCGAAGAAGUAGUGGCUUGCGGGCAGGUUCUCGACGCGAUAGAGACAGGGACUUUAGAAGACAAUUGUCUAUUGAUACCCGGCCUUUCAGACCGGCAUCUGAAGGGAAUCCCAGUGACGAUCCCGAUCCUCUUCCCGCACAUCGACAGGCACUUGGAGAACGACUCUACCCACGUGUACAAGCCAUGCAGCCAGCAUUUGCAAGCAAAAUCACUGGCAUGUUGCUUGAAUUGUCUCCUGCUCAACUUCUACUACUGCUGGCCAGUGAGGAUUCUCUCAGAGCAAGGGUGGAUGAAGCGAUGGAACUUAUAAUUGCACAUGGAAGGGAAAAUGGAGCCGAUAGCAUACUUGAUCUUGGAUUAUUAGAUUCAUCUGAUAAAGUGCAGGAAAAUAGAAAACGUCAUGGCUCUAGUCGCAGUGUUGUUGAUAUGGAACUAACAGACACAGACGAUGGUGAUGACAAUGCUCCAUUAUUUUAUCAACCUGGUAAAAGAGGUUUUUAUACUCCCAGGCCAGGAAAAAAUACAGAAGCACGACUAAAUUGUUUCCGAAAUAUAGGCAGGAUUCUUGGUUUGUGUCUGCUACAAAAUGAACUAUGUCCUAUUACUUUAAACCGUCAAGUCAUUAAAGUCCUCCUUGGCAGAAAAGUAAACUGGCACGAUUUUGCAUUUUUUGAUCAUGUAAUGUAUGAAAGCUUGCGGCAACUUAUCCUUGCCUCCCAAAGCCAGGAUGCAGAUGCAGUAUUUGCAUCAAUGGACCUAGCAUUUGCAAUAGACCUUUGCAAAGAAGAAAGUGGAGGACAGGUGGAGCUUAUUCCCAAUGGUGUAAAUAUUCCUGUAACCCCUCAAAAUGUAUAUGAAUAUGUAAGAAAAUAUGCAGAACACAGAAUGCUAGCAGUAGCGGAGCAACCACUACAUGCAAUGCGAAAGGGACUACUAGAUGUGCUUCCAAAGAAUGCGUUAGAAGAUUUAACUGCUGAAGAUUUCAGGCUCUUAGUCAAUGGUUGUGGGGAAGUUAAUGUCCAGAUGCUAAUAAGUUUUACAUCUUUCAAUGAUGAGUCGGGAGAAAAUGCAGAGAAGCUUUUACAGUUCAAGCGUUGGUUUUGGUCAAUUGUUGAAAAGAUGAGUAUGACAGAACGGCAAGAUUUAGUGUAUUUUUGGACAUCAAGUCCAUCAUUACCUGCUAGUGAAGAGGGAUUUCAGCCCAUGCCAUCCAUCACCAUCAGGCCGCCAGAUGACCAACAUCUUCCCACAGCAAACACUUGCAUCUCCCGGCUUUAUGUACCUCUAUAUUCCUCCAAACAGAUUCUCAAACAGAAGUUGUUACUUGCUAUUAAGACCAAGAACUUUGGUUUUGUGUAGAAUAAAUAAAGUGUGCUGCCAUGUAAUAUUACUAGCAAAAUGUUUUUGUAGAUCUUUUUCCAUUUGUCUAUAAAAGUUUAUUAAAGUCAAUGCUGUCACACCACCUGUUGGUGUAUCAAGGACUUGCUCCUUUUUGGUGUUCAGAGUUGCAGGCGCUUCUAACACUAAAGGAGUUAACAGACAUUCCUCUGCUAAAUUUUCAAACUAAUAACCUAAGGUAAAUAGCCUAAUCACGUUUUGACUGGAACGUUUUGGCUAGGUUUUAUUUUGUAGACUCAACCCAGGAAUGAAGGGCAGCAGGACAAUAUAAAUUUACACUGUGAUUAAUAGUUUUUAUUCUGAAGAGGGUCGAGGAAACAUUGUUUAAAAAUUCACUGCUGCCUUUGUGAAAAGCGCUUCAUCACAGAUUCUUGUAUGGAGAGGAAGAUAUUUCAGAAUAAAAAAAAAAAAACAAUGAA